AUUUAAAGAACAAAUAAAAAUCAAAGAAACAGAGGAAAGUGAAAGAAAAUCGAGAGAAAAAAAAAUGGGGCUUGAAGAAAAUCUCAAAUCAAUGAACAUCAACGAAGAAGAAAACAAGAACCCUAACCCUAACACUAAAGAUGAAGAAGACGGUGAACUUGAAGAAGGGGAGAUCGCAGGUGAAGAAGAUGAUACGACGUCGUCUUCGUUAAAGAAAGGUGUCGUCGAACAGCCUCACCCGUUGGAGCAUUCAUGGACCUUUUGGUUUGAUAACCCUUCUGCUAAAUCAAAACAAGCUACUUGGGGUAGUUCUAUGCGCCCUAUUUACACUUUCUCCACUAUCGAACAAUUCUGGAGUCUUUACAAUAACAUACAUCAUCCAAGCAAAUUGCCUCAUGGAGCGGACUUCCAUUGUUUCAAACAUAAAAUCGAGCCCAAGUGGGAAGACCCUGUCUGUGCUAACGGAGGCAAGUGGACUGUAAGUUUCCCAAAGGGGAAAUCAGAUACGUCUUGGUUGUACACGUUGCUGGCUUUGAUAGGGGAACAGUUUGAGUACGGUGAUGAAAUCUGUGGAGCAGUUGUUAGUGUGAGAGGCAAGCUGGAAAAAAUAGCAUUGUGGACCAAGAAUGCUGCCAAUGAAACUGCGCAGGUGAGCAUUGGGAAACAGUGGAAAGAGUUACUUGAUUACAACGACACUAUCGGCUUCAUAUUUCAUGAUGAUGCAAAGAAGCUCGACAGAGGUGCCAAGAAUCGCUACACAGUAUGACUUUCUGUAGAGUUCUUCUCUACCGGACGGCAUGCGUGGCACAAUCGGGACUCUCUGUAUGCUUCCUAUGGCUUGUCUUUGUUGCCUCCUUUCGGAUUCUAGUUUCGAGCUAUUGCUGUUUUUUACAAAGACUUUUAGCUAUAUAAAGCGAAUCUUAGUACUACCUUAAGUUUCAAUUUUAUGACCAUUUAUGAAAUGCUUUUUCAAUCA